GGAUUUUAGUAUUUCCCACGCAAGAUACCGGUGGGAUUCCGUCGCUGCGCGCCGCGUGCCACCAGGCCCCGACCAGUUGCAAACACGCUUGCUUCAGCGCACAAGACGAUGCAAAGCAGCCCUGCAUCGCCCGCGCGCCCGAGCCCAGUGCCGGCGCGCACCGAGAUCCUGCGCUCCGUCGUGCGCCUGCCCCCCGGGCAGCUCAAGCCGUCCCGAAAGUACAUCGUCUUUGUGCUCAAGGUUUCAACGUCGAGCAAUGCGUACCGCAUUGUCGAGCGCACGUGGCCCGAGUGCCGCCGCUUUGAAGACGCAGUGCUCAAGGCGCGGCGUCACGACUGCGCCAAGCGCUGCACGGCGCUCUGGGCCGAGCUCGAGCCCAACGUCGAGCGCAUGCACGUCGGGUUUCGCAACUGGUGCAAGAUUCAGCUGCACCACCACACGCCCGAGACGAUUGCGAUCUUCCUCGAGCACUAUCAAGUGCUCUUUGAUGCAAUGCUGGCGCUGGUGACCGCGACUCGCUGCUCCGGUCUGGACAACCUUCGCACGCUUCUAUCCGAGUUCUUGUCACCGCCGGUCAAGUGCCCGUAACGUUCUAUUUCCCCCAAUGAGUCGCAACCAAGUGCUACAGUGUGUAGUACUACAACCAAAGCCAAACGUCCUACGAAUCUCAAGUUUGUGU